CGAAAGGAAAGUAAACAAUUUCUACGAUGUAGAUACAGUCACUUAUCAUGGGUUGGAUGGCUUGAAAGAGGGGCCUUUUUUAAAGUUAUCCGCGCUUUAUUUGAUCGUCAACAUGGCAGAAUUACUUAGAAGCUAUCUGCUUGAUUAUGCCUAAAGCAUACUACUGCUGUUGGUGUUAUACUAGAAGUUGUGGUGGAUAUCAGUCUAGGAGACCUAUUAAAACCCCAGCAUUGAUACGUGCAACCGUGAAGCGAACAGGACGAAAUGUCUCCGAAGAAGAUGUUAUUUGUCAGAGAUGUUUUAGAUCUUUUUCUCGAUCACAGACCAAGGUUCCAAGUGUUCCAUUGUGCAAUGAGGUGUCCAAAGACCCAGACUUUUUACCACCUGAGGCAAGAUGUGAUUCCAAUUCAAAAGAACUUAGUCCAAAGUCUAUUAACCUACCAAUAGCUUCCACACCAAAAGGUCACAGAAAAUGUGUUAUCUGUAGGAAGCCUCAUAAUGAAAGGAAUCGUCUUGUAGUCGUUCCCAAUGCAGGUAUUACACAAGCUUUUUUAGAAACCGGCAUUUUCAUCAAUGAUGACAGCAAAUGCUGUAAGACACAUCUAGAGGAUGGCUACCUCAGCAAAGCGGCUCUGUCAUUACUUACAACAACCAAAAAUGAAGAGCAGUUGUCACGAUCUGAUAUAUGCAAGCUUUUAUCUGACCUAAGAGAUACUAUCAAAUCUUCAACAUACCUGAACUUUGAUGUACCAUCGCUUUUAAGUGAAGAGGACUAUUCAAACCUCACUGGAUUAAAGAAGGAACAAUUUUCUGAACUGGUUAAUGAAUUAAAGAACUUGAAUAACAACUUCAGCCGCUCAAAAAGAACAUGUCUCGCUGUAUUCCUCACAAAGCUUCGGACUGGCCUUCCAAAUACAAUUCUCUCCAGCAUCUUCAAUCUUUCACUUAAUCAGAUUCAAAGAAUAACUCCAUCUGUAAGAGAGGCUCUUAUGGAAAACUUUGUCCCCAGACAUCUUGGUUUCCAACACAUUAGCCACCAGGAACUAUGCUUGCACCAUAUUACUCCAAUUGCCAGAAAGCUGUUCACCAGUGAGGAUAACCAAGACCAAGCUGUACUCAUCCUUGAUGGUACCUACAUCUACAUACAAAAGAGCCAUGACUAUGAAUUUCAGCGGCUUUCCUACAGUCUCCAUAAAAACCGUCCAUUAGUGAAACCAAUGAUGGUUGUAGCUCCUGAUGGGUAUAUCAUAAGUGUUCUGGGACCAUACCUGUCAGACUACCAUAACAAUGAUGCUAGCAUAACAAAACAUAUGAUCUCACAGAAUGCUGAAGACAUCAAAGAAUGGUUGAAAGAGGAUGAUGUGGUGAUUGUCGAUAGAGGAUUUUGAGAUGCAGUCACAUUCAUGGAAGAAAAUGGUCUUCAGGUACAUAUGCCAUUUUAUCUACCAAGGGGAAAGAAACAACACUCCACAACUGAAGCCAACAUAUCUCGGAUGGUUACAAAAGUAAGAUGGGUUGUGGAAAGUGCCAAUGGUAGGCUUAAACAGUGGAGACUCCUUGAUAAAGUAGUUCCAAACAAACUUCUUCCACAAAUAGGAGACUUUGUCCGCAUUGUAUGCGCUCUGUGCAAUAAAUUCAGACCCUGUCUUGGGAGCAUGGAUCCAGAGUCAUCUGAAAUUGCAACUAAAAUGUUGGAAAAAGCAGAUAUGCCAAAUACAGUCCAAACUCUGGUAGAAGAAAACAACCUUUUGACUCGUCGUGCUGUAUACUCAGCCAUUGAAGCCUCCUCAGACCAGCUGGAUAAUUUCCCUGUUCUCUCCCUUGAUGAUAUGCGUACCAUCACACUUGGAAUUUAUCAAAUAAAGCAUGCAGAAAACUACUCGAGGGAACAUUUAAAAGAUGGAGGCAGUUACGAAAUCAUGGUAUGUCAUGACUUUCCUUUUCUCUUAAGAGUUAAAAUUCAGUCUCGACACUCAAGGAAUAUUCUACAUACUCUGUGGAUUAAGUAUGACUCUGAAAAAGAAGGUGUUGAUUCUAUUUGUGGUUGGUACUGUACUUGCAAAUGUGGAGCAAUAAUAGUUGGUUGCUGUGCUCAUGUGUCAAGUGUGUUGUGGUUUCUUGGUUGGAAACGACAUCAGAGUGAUGAACCCUUUGCAUCUGGAUCUGGGCCCAAACGCCAUUUUCUGAAUGCAGCUCAUCUGGAGGACUCUGACAGUGACACAGUUGAAGAGUAGUACUGCUUAAUUGAAUGUAAGUGUAAGAUAUUGUGACUUAAUUCUGUGAUGGCUUUCUCCUAUUUAUUUCAUUUGAAGAAAUUAUGUUAGUUUUUAUGAUAUUUGCAAAAAAGAUGUCAUGCAGAAUUAGUUUUAAUCUUUAUUCAGUGAUUUGAAAAUGUUUCCAUAUUGCUAAUUUAAUUGCAUUUGUUGGAUAUAUAUGUAUACAUCUGAUGUAUUUAGCUCAAGAAAUCAUUAUGAUUGUACAAAAUGUUAAAAAUAAGUUGUUACUGUCAUGAUAAUUUUAAUGAAUAUAGUGAAUUAUUUCCUUGUAACAGAAUUCCAAAUGUUCUUUUAAAGUGUUAGUGUUUAGAAUUUGAAUGAAUGAACAAGUAUUUAUGUAUAAAUUAUAUAUUUUGUUCUAUCAAUUCUUUAAUGUCGAUGAAUUAAAGUAUUUUUUAAAGUUCAAUUAUUAUAUGAAUUUAGUUGCAAUGUAUGAAUUGGCUGAUAGGAGAUUUUGGAUUAUUAAGUAAUUUUGGGUUUUAAUGUUGUCUUGAAUUGUUGCUAUAGAACUGUAAGGGGGUUUGAGUAUUUCUUGUUUUUUGUAGAUUGCUCCUAGGAGUAUAGGAGUACGUACUUAAAUGCAUGUGUAGAUGGUAUGUUAAUUCAUAGACAUGUACAUGUAUAAUGUUAUUUUACAUCAAUUGUUGUUUGUUCUUUAACUAACUGUUUGUCUAAUAUAGACAUCAUAUGAAAUUAGUUGGCAUAAAGAUAUGCUUUUAUUGCUACAUUACUUUAUUUUGAAGAAAAAAAAUGACAAUGGAAAUCUGACUUUUCAAUUCUUGAAUUUAAAGCACACCACUGUAAUAACAUAAUGUUUAAAAGAAGCUUUGCUUUAUUUAAGUAUUGUGUUUGAUGCAUUGUAAUUAAUUUGUAAUGGUUCCCAUGGUAACAAGUUAGCUGUUGCUAGGGAGAAUUUUGAUGCAUAUG